AUGGAUGGAGAUCAUAGGAGGCAAUCCGCCGCCGCCGCCGCCGUGGUCACCGUCACACAGGCGGCGCGCGCGCAGGACAGCCCCGCGCGGCGCCUGAUCGCCUGGCUGCGGCCUCUCUUCCGGGCGUUCGUCCAUAGGUACGGCAAGAUCGCGAGCUGGGACGCGGCGGGCCGCCCCGUGUUCGUCAUCCUCGCCGUCUUCUUCCUCCAGAGGAGCCUGCGCCGCCGGUACCUGUCAUGGAAGGAGUCGUCGCGGCUGCGGCUGAUGGCCGCCGCCGUCACCGUGCAGGCGACCGUCAGGGCGAUGGCGGCGCGGCGCGAGCUCUCUGUCCGGAAGCAGACCAGAGCUGCCACACGCAUCCAGGCGCAAUGGCGUGCCCACAGGGCGGUGUGGAGCUACCUGACGACGAAGAGAGCCGCCCUUAUCUGCCAACGUGCUUGGAGGCAAAGCAUUGCAAGCAAGGAGCUCAGGAAGCUCAGACAGGAAAAUCUUGAGAGGGAAAUGCUGGAUGAGAUGUGCAGGCUGCGUGAGAUGGUGGACGUGCUCCAGCAGGCUGUCAAUGACGCCGAGACGAGAGCCAUUAACGAGAGAGAGGCGGCGAAGGAUGCGAUAGCGCAAUUGGAAGCAGCCUCGGUGGCGAUGGUUGAGGACACUGAGAAGGUCAAGGCGUUGAAUGCCGAAGUUGACCGCCUGAAGGAUUUGCUGGGAGCUGAAAUGAGUGAAACUUUUGCGGCCAAGAAGGCGCUUGCUGAAGCUGAAUUGAGGAAUGAGAAGCUGGCCAGGCUGCUUGGAGUUGAGGAAGUUAAGAACAAACGGCUUCAAGAUUCCCUGAAAAGGAUGGAGGAGAAGGCUUCUAAUCUAGAUGAGGAAAACAGAAUGCUUCGACAGGCUGUGGCGUCAAACCCUGCUAUUGUCAAGUUGCCAUCGAGCGAAAACCAUGAAGCAUCUGGUAUUCAGGCAACUCCAGAUAAUGAGAAAUCAGCAAACGGUACAGUGAAGCCCAUAAUAGUGGAUAGGGAGGCUAAUAUCCAUGAGAAGAGUGCUGAACAACCUAGCUCAAAUGGUCACGAAGCUGAGAAACAACAGCAAGAGCUUCUGAUCAAGUGUCUAUCUGAAGAUCUGGGUUUCUCGAUCGGUAGGCCUAUUGCUGCAUACCUCAUAUACAGGUGUCUAGUUCAUUGGAGAUCAUUUGAAGAAGAACGGACCGUGGUCUUUGACAGGAUUAUUCAGAAGAUUACUGCCACACUUGAGGCGCGAGACAACAACGAGACACUAGCAUAUUGGCUGUCCAAUUCAUGCACGUUGCUGGUUCUUCUUCAAAGGACACUGAAAAUCAACGGGGUAGCUGCUUUGGCUCGUCAGAGACGAAGAGCAUCACCCCUUAAGGUGCCACAGGAAAACCAAGAUCCUAGCCAUCCUGACCGUCCAGUUUCCAACGGAGGGUUGAUCAGUGGACUAACUGAAGUUUACCAGGUUGAGGCCAAGUAUCCAGCUAUUGCAUUCAAGCAGCAGCUCACUGCAUUGUUGGAGAAGGUUUAUGGGAUGAUCCGGCACAAUCUAAAGAAGGAACUGUCGCCACUUCUUGGCCUGUGUAUUCAGGCACCACGUACAUUUGUUGUCAGUCCCAGAGGAUCAUGUUCUCAAGGAACAGAUUUGGCACAACAAGCUUCCAUGGCACAUUGGCAGAGCAUCAUCAAAAUCCUCACAAAUUCUCUCAAUGUUCUGAAAUCAAAUUAUGUGCCUCCAUUCCUGAUUUGCAAGCUGUUCACACAAGUCUUUUCAUUUAUCAAUGUGCAACUUUUUAACAGUCUUUUACUACGGCGUGAGUGCUGCUCAUUCAGUAAUGGAGAGUAUGUCAAGGCUGGGCUGGAUGAGUUAGAGCAUUGGUGCUUUUGGUUGACUGAAGAGUAUGCAGGAUCUGCAUGGGAUGAGCUGAAGCAUAUCAGGCAAGCAGUUACCCUCUUGAUACUUGAAGAGAAGCAUAGCCGGAGUCUCACAGAGAUCACAGACGACUUCUGCCCAGCGCUGAGCAUGCAGCAACUGUACCGGAUCAGUACGAUGUACUGCGACGACAAGUAUGGAACCCUGGGCAUUCCAUCAGAAGUCAUCUCGAGCAUGCGGACCAAGAUGAUUGAUGGCUCGAGCAGUCCAUCGGCGCAUGAUGACAUCAAUUCGUUCCUGCUAGAUGAUGACUUCAGCAUACCGUUCUCCGUCGAUGACUUCACGAAGCUGAUAGUGCACGUCGACGUAGCGGACAUGGACCUGCCACCGCUGAUUCAGGAGAGCAACGGCUCCAAACUGGGACAUUGA